CGCCGAGGUCGGCCCACCAGCGCCGGGGCCUCGAAACAUGGCUGCGGCGGGAGGCGCCGUCGCGGCGCCCGGCCCGGGCGGCCCCGCUCCCCGCCCCGCCGCGCCCUGAGCGCCCCCUCCCCCGCUUCCCCCGGGUCCCCCUCUCCAGGCAGGAAGAUGUCCAAGCCCCGCGCGGUGGAGGCGGCGGCGGCGGCGGCGGCGGUGGCAGCGACGGCCCCGGGCCCGGAGAUGGUGGAGCGGAGGGGCCCGGGGAGGCCCCGCACCGACGGGGAGAAUGUAUUUAUCGGGCAGUCAAAGAUCUAUUCCUACAUGAGCCCGAACAAAUGCUCUGGAAUGCGUUUCCCCCUUCAGGAAGAGAACUCAGUUACACAUCACGAAGUCAAAUGCCAGGGGAAACCAUUAGCCGGAAUCUACAGGAAACGAGAAGAGAAAAGAAAUGCUGGGAACGCAGUACGGAGCGCCAUGAAGUCCGAGGAACAGAAGAUCAGAGAUGCCAGGAGAGGUCCCCUGGCACCUUUUCCAAACCAAAAAUCUGAAGCAGCAGAACCUCCAAAAACUCCACCCUCGUCUUGUGAUUCCGCCAAUGCAGCUGUCGCCAAGCAAGCCUUGAAAAAGCCCAUCAAGGGCAAACAGGCCCCCCGAAAAAAAGCUCAAGGAAAAACGCAACAGAAUCGCAAACUUACAGAUUUCUACCCUGUCCGAAGGAGCUCCAGGAAGAGCAAAGCUGAACUGCAGUCUGAAGAAAGGAAGAGAAUAGAUGAAUUGAUUGAAAGUGGGAAGGAAGAAGGAAUGAAGAUUGACCUCAUCGAUGGCAAAGGCAGGGGUGUGAUUGCCACCAAGCAGUUCUCCCGGGGUGACUUUGUGGUGGAAUACCACGGGGACCUCAUUGAGAUCACCGACGCCAAGAAGCGGGAGGCUCUGUACGCACAGGACCCUUCCACGGGCUGCUACAUGUACUAUUUUCAGUAUCUGAGCAAAACCUACUGCGUGGAUGCAACUAGAGAGACAAAUCGCCUAGGAAGACUGAUCAAUCACAGCAAAUGUGGGAACUGCCAAACCAAACUGCACGACAUCGACGGUGUACCUCACCUCAUCCUCAUCGCCUCCCGAGACAUCGCGGCUGGGGAGGAGCUCCUGUAUGACUAUGGGGACCGCAGCAAGGCCUCCAUUGAAGCCUACCCAUGGCUGAAGCAUUAACCGGCCGGCCCUGCGCCCUCCCACCCCACCUUCCCUUCUUCAAAGGACAAAGUGCCCUCAAAGGGAAUUGAUUUUUUUUUUUUACACACUUAAUCUUAGCAGAUGACUUCAGAUGUUUUUAAAAAGUAUAUUAAGAUGCCUUUUCACUGUAGUAUUUAAAUAUCUGUUACAGGUUUCCAAGGUGGACUUGAACAGAUGGCCUUAUAUUACCAAAACUUUUAUAUUCUAGUUGUUUUUCUACUUUUUUUGCAUACAAGUCGAAUGUUUGUGCUUCCCGUGCAUGCAGUCCAAGACUCAGCACAGGUUUUAGAGGAAAGAGUCAAACAUGAACUAGGAAGCCAGGCGAGUCUCCUUUCUCCAGUGGAAGAGCCGGGACCUUCCCCCUGCACCCCGACGGCCAGGGACGGGGUGCGAGGAAGACGCUGCCUCCCAAUGGCCUGGACGGGAUGUUUCCAAGCUCUUGUUCUCCUAACGUCUCGACAGGCGCUCAUUGAAGUGUAUGAAUAUUUUUUAAAAGGUUUCGCAGUAAGCUAGUCUUCCCCUCUGCUUUCUUGAAAGCUUCCUGAGCCCCAGGCCCUGAGCACAGGCCAGGCUGGAUUUCCUCUUCCACAAGCUGCCGUCUUUCUGGGCACCUUGGAGCACCAGGGCACGAAAUCAAACUAGAUGUGGGCAGGGAGAGUGUUGCUUACCUGCCCUGCUGGGGCAGGGUUUCCUGAAACUGGGUUAAUUCUUUAUAGAAAUGUGAACACUGAAUUUAUUUUAAAAAAAUAAUAAAAAUUUAAAAAAAAAUCAAAAAGAAAAAAGAUUAAAAAAAACCACAGAAAACAACUUAAAUGUAUAUAGGUCUUGAAGUGAGUGAAGUGGCUGCUUUUUUUUUUUUUUUUUUGGCUUUUUGUAGAAGAGAUUGAGAAUGGUACUCUAAUCAAAAAUAAAGUUUUGUAGUGGGACCAGAAAUUAGUUACCUAACAUCCACCCCCAUUUCCCCGCAUCCUACUGGGGUUGAAAGUUCCAGACCUGCUGUUGAAGCCUUGUGUUUGACAGACACCUGGUGGCCCUCCUGUAAGGCCGCAGCCGUGAGCUGAGGUGUGAGCCUAGGAGCCCAGGACCCCUGACCCCAGCCACUGCUGCCAGCUUCAGAAAGGCACCCAGGUGUGCAGGGGAGCGCAUAGGGCCCAGCAGCCCCCAGGAAUCAAGGAUAGGGCUAAGGUUUUCACCUUGACUGUGAGGGUAGGAGGAAUAAGUGGCUGCCUCCUCCCUCCCUUCACAGAACUGAUUCUCACUCACUGUUCCUUCAGUCCAGGAGGCUGGGGCUCAGGAGCCGUGACCUGGUGUCUCCUGCCCACCCUGGUCCCAGGUAAAUGUGAAUGGAGACAGGUAUGAAAGCCUGUCCUCAUCUUUGAUUCCCCCCAACCCUGCCCCAGGCCUCACGACGGUGCUACCUAAGAAAGUCUUCCCUCCCACCCCCUCACUAGCCUGGUCAGUGGUCAGCGAAUUGGAUGAGGAUCCGACAGGAGUGUAAAUGUGAGAUACAAUGUCUUGAUUGUACCUGUUUGUGGUUUAGCUUUGUAUUUAAACAAACAAGGAAAUAAACUUGAAAAUUAUUUGUCAUCAUAAAAAUGAAGCAAAAAUUAAAAUAUUUAUUGCCAGGCAA